CUUUCUUUCACUGAAUAAGGACAACUGCACGAGGGAAGAAUGAGUUGCCAGAAGCAUGUUGUGCCCUCUCACAUUCAUGCAUUCCUUCUUGAAAAUAGAGUUCAAACAAAGUUUAUGAAUACAUAAUUGGUCAUAUGCGCUAUCAGUUUGAUCCAGUUUGUAACAAAAACAACAACAACCUUAACAGAAUAGCACAUCUUGUAAUUUGCCCAGAACACACUGUCUGUGCCUAUGUGGUGGACUGUGGGGCUGUGAGGGCAUAGCUCGAAUCCAGAUAAUCCAAGUCAUGUUUCCUGUAGGGAGCUAAUUAAAAGUAGCAGCUAGAAGAGCUAAGUUUUGGGGUCUGUUAGGGAUUUCUGUUAGGAAUUCAAUUCAAACUGUUUACUUGUCAAAUGUCUUGUUCAGCUUAAAGCCCUCUAUUGAAUUGAAAUUGAAUUGAUACCAGUCUUGUAAUUGACGUGCUUAUUGUCCACUUCUCUUAAUUCAGAACAAGAAAAUAGUGUUACCAACUAUUCCAAAGAAAAUAAGCUAUAUACACACGAAUGGAUUUAUAUCUCAUGAAGUCAGUUAUUUAAGAAGAGGAUCUUGUCCAGGUAGGCUACAGAAGACUGUCUAUGUGGGCGUCGUUGAAAGCGCACACGGGUCUGUGAGCGCACGAUCCGAACAACCCUCUUGAUACAGACAGCGGUUUUGCCUUUACUAGAGACACGGUUGACAACUCACACGUACAAGGACGAUGGACGGUCCGGUUUUCCCGGGUUAUCUGAGAAGUAUUAUGUGAAUUUUCCGAAUUUGAACACAUUUUGAGAAAUUGGAAUAAGAACCGCUACAAUGUCACAAGCGGAGGUUGAAAUAGCUGGACGCGGCUUCCCAAGCCUCUCUGUCGACCUAAACGAUGACUGCUUAUCUGGUCGAGUCCCGUCGAUGCCACUGACAUACAAUUUGGGGACCAGGAGAAACUCUUAUGGGCUUCACAAAAUUAACAUGGACAUUGACCCACAACUAUAUGGCGGGGCGCUAUCAAAGGCUCUGUCCUGGUCAGCGGAUAAUAUUUUAACGUUAACGGAGGCCAGAGUAGAAGAAGACGACAAAACGGAUACUCCACCGGCGUCUCCAUCCGUCUCCAGCCCGGGCGCGAGCAUUACCGGCAGCACGCCCUCCUGUACCCAAGUCUCGGACCCCGUCACCCCGCUGGACAACAACUGGAGCUCGCUCCGGAGCCCCAACACACAAGAUGCCAGCUCGGACUCAGAAAAUGAGCUUGUUCAAAAUAAAGCACACAAAGUGUUGUCACGCAGUCCGUAUGAAAGCAAAUGUGAACAGGAGGAGAGGGAGGACAUUGAGACCAAAGCUGUGGCCACCUCACCUGAUGGAAGAUACCUGAAAUUCAACAUUGAGAUUGGGAGGGGAUCGUUCAAGACCGUCUAUAAAGGACUGGACACAGAGACUACUGUGGAAGUGGCAUGGUGCGAGUUGCAGACGCGUAAGCUGACCAAGGUGGAGCGGCAGAGGUUCAGUGAGGAGGUGGAGAUGCUGAAGGGUCUGCAGCACCCAAACAUUGUCCGCUUCUACGACUCCUGGAAGGACAACUCCAAGGGCCUCAAGUGCAUUCUUUUGGUCACUGAGCUCAUGACGUCAGGCACUCUCAAAACGUACCUGAAGAGGUUUAAGGAGAUGAAGCUGAAGCUACUGCAGCGCUGGAGCCGUCAGAUCCUGAAGGGGCUCCACUUCCUCCACACCCGCACACCUCCCAUCAUCCACAGGGACCUCAAGUGUGACAACAUCUUCAUCACCGGCCCCACCGGCUCCGUCAAGAUUGGAGAUCUGGGCCUGGCCACACUCAAAAGAGCCUCCUUCGCUAAAAGUGUCAUUGGUACUCCAGAGUUCAUGGCUCCAGAGAUGUAUGAGGAGAAGUAUGAUGAGGCUGUGGAUGUCUAUGCCUUUGGGAUGUGUAUCCUGGAGAUGGCCACAUCAGAGUAUCCCUACUCCGAGUGCCAGAACGCAGCGCAGAUCUACCGUAAAGUCACCAGCGGGAUGAAACCAGACAGUUUUUACAAAGUCAAGGUCCCAGAGCUCAAAGAGAUCAUCGAAGGAUGUAUCCGGAUGGACAAAGAUGAAAGGUACACCAUCCAGGACCUGCUAGAGCACACAUUCUUCCAGGAGAACAACGGCGUCCAUGUUGAGUUGGCUGAGGAGGACGACACGGUGAAGUCAGGCCUGAAGCUGUGGCUCCGGAUGGACGACACCAAGAAACUCCACGGGAAGUACAAGGACAACAACGCCAUUGAGUUCCUGUUUGAACUCUACAAGGACGUGCCAGAGGAGGUGGCGCAGGAGAUGGUGGUGCUGGGCUUCGUGUGCGAGGCCGACUUCAAGCUGGUGGCCAAGGCCAUCCGGGACCGUGUCAAUGCCAUCAAGCGCCAACGGGAGAAACUGCGCCUCCUUGCAGAGAAGAAGAAGCAGGCCAUUGAGGAGGAGCCUGAGCCUGCACUGCAGCCGCCCUCCCCGAAAAUCAACAGGUCUCCAUCAAUGUUGGAGACUCCUCAGUGCCCCAUCGUCGUCCCCAACCCGACCCCCACCCCUGCCCAGAGCCAGGGUCAGACCCCCCCGAACCCUCUGACACACACCCUGUCCCCUGUCAAUAGCUAUCUAAACUUGGGCAUCAAUGCCAGCUUCAUCCCUGAACCAGAGGAACCAGAGGCAGACCAGCAUCAGCACUUCCAGGUCCACCACACCAGCUGCUCCUCAGCCAACUCUGACUGUGAGACAGACGGCUAUCUCAGCUCCUCUGGCCUCCAGGACCCCCUGGAGACAGCGGUUAGCCUCAACGGGUCAACCCUCUACGGGGCUGGGACUACCGCCCUCAAUGGACAGCCUCACCACCACCCCAUCCCAGCCCUUCGCUUUCCCUCUAGUAUUGCAGUAUUGGGUAAUACGGAGCAUGGACACUCUGGAGGACACCAUCCCAGCGGCUUCAACUCACCUGUGGACAGCUACGCCUCCGACAUGAUCUCGGGUUUGAGUGACGGCUACGAGGGCCUAUCAGAGAAGAGCGGCAAGACUGCUGCCAGGCGCACGGCUGGCAAGCUGUUCCGGAGAAGGGCCCGUUCAAGACUGCGCAUCACUGGGCUCUCUGACAAAGACGACCGGGUGGUGGAGUGUCAGCUGCAGACUCACAAUGACAAGAUGGUUACCUUCAAGUUCGACCUGGACGGAGACAACCCAGAGGACAUUGCAGCUGUCAUGGUUCACAAUGAGUUCAUCCUGCCAGCGGAGAAGGAGGGGUUUAUCCAGCGCAUAGGUGACAUCAUCAAGAGGGCAGAGGCUCUGAUGAAGGAGCACAAGGUCCACGUGGGUGGCGGCCACGGAGCACCACGCCCACAACACCACAACGGGGUCAACUCACUGUCCGCGUCCCAGCCUAAUCUUCACAGUCACGUUCUGGAGCGGACACACUCUUCCUACUCUCUACCUGACUUCAGCAUGGCUGGCCCCAGUGUAGGGGUAUGUGACUCUCCCUUAGGGCCCACUGGUGGAGGAGACUUCUUCAGCCCAGCAGACAUGACUUCACCUGCAGGGAGACCUCUAUUACGCUCCCAGUCUUUCCAAAACGCCCCAGGUUGUCCUCACUACCACUACCACCACCCAGCCUCCAUGUACUCCUCAGAGCCCCCCCAGCAGCAGCAACACCAGCAGUACUACCACAUGCCCCCCUUCAUGGGCCACACACACUUCCCCUUCCCCUACCCAGUGAACCCCGGUGCCCCCAAACCAGUGGGGUCCCAUCCUCCCCUCACACGGGUCGCCAGCAACCCCACGUUCCCCUCCGUCCUCUCCCCAGCCCCAGGCUCCCCCGGCGGCCCCCACUCUGAUGCUCCGAGCCCCUCUGAGUACAGCGGGGAGGGGAACGCCCUGACCCUCCCUCCUCACCCCCAGAACUCCAACAUGUGGCCCUCCCACACACAGCCCCUCUUCUCCCUGGCCAACGUAAUCUCCAUGGCAAUGAGCAUGGCUCACUCCUUCAUCCCUGCCAACAGCCUGGCUAAUCAGGGGAUGCCCUCCAUAGCAGGCUUCCACCCCCAGCUAACCCACCCUCAGUCGGUCUACUCGUCCGUCUACUCCCCCCACUACCAGACUGCUCCAGUGGAGCUCCCUUACACCCAGGGUGGGACGCCUGGCCAAGGGCAGCAACACAGUGUCUACCAGGGCCCAGACACUCCACCACAGAUGCAGAGGGAUGGCUCAGUGCCUGUGUACUCUCAAAAUGGACACCCCGGUUGGCAGCAUAAUCACAUAUCUCCCCCCACGAUGGGCUACAACAGCCCACAGAUGGUAUCACAGCAAGCAGCAUCCAGCCCCCUAAGCCAUUUACAGAAUAGUUCCCAGGGGUCCUACAUGGUUCCUCAGGACCAGUCUGAUGUGUCCAGCUGUGCGUCAGGGUCUGAUCUGUCCCCUUCGUCUCCAGACAGCCCGGAGAGCACAUUAUCAUCGUUCAGCUCAACCACACCAAUGUCGAGACCUACGGUGCCUGAGAUGAACGCCAGUGCUCCCAAGCCCAGACUAUCCCCCAGUUACACAGAUCCCCCGCCUGCUGCCGUCACAGUGGGUCGUUUCCAGGUCACCCCUAGCAUAGAGAUCCCUAUGCCUGCUGCACCAGAUGGACAAGGCUCUAACCCCACCAGGCCCAAGUCAGUGGGCAGCUCCUCUCCAGGCCGAACCAGGCCCAAGUCAGUGGGCAGCUCCUCCCCAGGCCGAACCAGGCCCAAGUCAGUGGGCAGCUCCACCCCAGGCCCCACCAGGCCCAAGUCAGUGGGCAGCUCCACCACAGGCUCCACCAGGCCCAAGUCAGUGGGCAGCUCCACCCCAGGCCCCACCAGGCCCAACUCAGUGGGCAGCUCUACCCCAGGCCCAACCAGGCCCAAGUCAGUGGGCAGUUCUACCCCAGGCCCCACCAGGCCCAAGUCAGUGGGCAGCUCCACCACAGGCUCCACCAGGCCCAAGUCAGUGGGCAGCUCCACCCCCUCCGAGAGCAGCACAGAGGAGCAGGGGGGGGCAGAUAUAAGCCUGAACACCUCCCUCACUCUCUCCCCCCCAGACCGACACCUCCCUGUGGAGGAGGACGGGGAGGUCCAGGUAGGGUGGACCGGGACCAAAGAGCAGCAGCAGGAAGAGGAGGAGGAAGAAGAGGGGGAAGAAGAUGACGAGGAGCAUGAGGAGGAGAAGGAAGAGCAGCAGAUAGUAAGAAGGAGGAGGAGGAGAGUGUGUAGCCUCAGUCUGAUGGGUACGUCUGCAGACAGCGGCCUGUCCGUCACGGUGGUGGAUUCAGAGGGGCGUGGCCUGUGGGAGGGAGGUGCAGGGAGCCCUACCUACAACUCGGCCCUGCACCACUUGUGGCUGAGCUACAGCCGCAACUUCACGUACAUGAGCAGUGACGACUCGGAGGACGAGGACAUGCGGAAGGAGCUGCAGGUGAUGAGGGAGAAACACUUGGUGCAGGUGCAGAGUCUCCAGGCCACCCAGAAGAGGGAGAUUGAGGAGCUGUAUGAGAGGAUGGGGAAGGUUCCCCCUGCGGGGAUUGUCUCGCCUGCCGCCAUGCUCUCCAGUCGCCAACGCCGUAUCUCUAAGGAGAGGAGUUACCCCUCCACCUCCCGCAGAAACAGCCUGCAGCGCCUGGACAUACUCCCCCUCCAAGGUAUCAUCAGGAGGAACUCUCUGGGUGGCAGCAACAGCAGCAGCAGCUCUCCGGAGAAGCCCUCUAAAGGGGUGACCUUUGCUUCCGAUGUCAGUAGAAUGUAAGAAUCUUCAACCAUGCUUGCUGUAGAAUAAGCCCAGACUACCUCAUCUAAAAUGUGACUGAAAUAAUCAUGCCCCUCCUGCUGGAGGAAAUAACUGACAUCACCUCUAAACCCUUUAUCUGGGCCCCCAUUGGAGGAGACUUACCUAGAUCCCCCAGAAACCAGGAUGCUCCUCUGCUGAUCCAAUAGUCACAGGGUUAAUCAUAGGUCGCAGGUCCGUCAGAGGUCGCUGAGCCCUCUGCUAUGAAGGGACAACAGAACCGUUGUCAUCCGCUGUCAGUCACCCCCAAGAGAAGCUUGCCAGAUUCAACGGUUCAGUGCAACAUACCCGUUCUAGGACGCCACCAGAAGUGUUUAAAAUGAGAUGGUCAAAAGUUUCAAAACUGCCUAAUCCUCAGCUAAUGCGUAUAAAAGGCUCACAAUAGUACUAGCCCAAGUAGUGCACCAUCAUUCUUCAUACUAUGCAAUGCUAGUGAGAAACGUGUGAUCAUUGUACAUAGAGCCUUAAUGAUCAGCUGUAGUCCUGCCUUGCAGCCACAGAGCAGUAAGGGUUGUUCCAGCUACAAUAUUGGGAUCAUGGGAUCGAGGCCGGGGCAGUUGAUUAUUAUUUUCCUGCUUAUCUGACUGUCGCACACAUUUUUAUUGGGAGCAGUGGAGUGAGAUGAAGCUCAGUAACUCUUGCUGUAUUUCAGAUUAUUCACUCUCCUCUUUGCACAUUUGACUGUCUGUUUGGAAUCUGUUGAUGCUGACUGUAGCUCGCUACUGCCCUCUAGAGUCUGACUACAGAAGUCCAGAUAUGUUGUUAUAGUUCUGCCUGUUUUCCAAUGUACAAUAGUGAUGGAACAAUAUUUCUGAUGAAUUCAACAGCAUUAUGAAGGACGACUGUUGUCAAUGUGUAGAAAGAUGUGAACAUAGAUGUACAUUAUAGUGAGCAUUUAUCAAUAAAAUGCAACACUAUGACAAGUAGCUUUCCGAACAACCAUAUACAGUACUAUAGGUAGACCUACAACACUGAAAUCAUUUAGGUGUCAGUCUUUCCAGAAUUUCACAUUAUAUGUGUUCAUAUGAAAUAUAAAAAGGUUAUACAGUAAGAAGCAAGGCACAAUACAGCUCUAUAAAUGACAAAUACCUAAGACUAAAACUACUCCUUUUAAAAACAAAUCAAGUGAAAGUAUUGCCAAAUCAGCCACAUCGAUUUAAAAAAAAUAAUAGGCAAUUUAUGGUUGAUGAUUUUCAACUCUCCUGACUUUUUAGCUGAGAUUAUAUUUUCUCCCAAAAUAAUUAAACAUAGGUCUAGACUACUGGUUCUCACCAUGAUUGUAAAUGUGUAAAUAUGAAAUAAUGCAUUUGUAAAUUACUUUUACAAAUGAAUCAAAUACAUUUUGGCAAGCUACUUUUCUUGUGCAAACACAUUGACAAUGAUAAACCUUGCUGCAAUGCGCAAUAAACCAGGCACCCUAUGCACUUUAGUAAAUUCUACUUUAGUAGUAACUCAUCACACUUUUUGGUAAAGUAGCAUAUUUAUAUGCACAAGUGGGGAAGAGUACGACUACCCUAAAAAAUGAAUUAAACUGUGAGCCCAUAUUAGCUAUUGCCUUAAAUACACAUAUGGAAUUCUAUUGCAAUGAUACUCUUAAGAUUUAUAUUUAAAGAAAGAAAAAGUGAUUACAAUCCACAUUUUUGAAUGCAUGUAUGAUUGUUGGUUGAUUGUAUUGCUUUAACAUACAAAGCUGCUGUCCUGCCAUGCUCAAUCUGUGCCUUUUCCUUGCAAUGUCUUAUUUUAUAUUUUUACUCUGUAGCUUUGGUGGCUACAACAAACUCUGUAAAUCAUAUUUUGACAUAGAGUUGAAAUAAUGAUAGUGUUCCUCUCCGCUUCCGUACUACUGUGGCAAUAUCAGUGUAUGAAACAUUACACUGACCUUGCUAUAAGAUGUCAUUUAUUGUUGUGAAAAAAACAAAUACAUAAUAACAAAUGUACAACUCAAUCCUUUAUCAACAUAAAUAUAUUUCAAUAUAAAUAUGUUUCUUUGUCCCAGUUGAGCUGUUAUAUUUCUAAUCCCACCUAUUUCAAGGCCACUGUAGAAUUAACAUUACUGAUAGACAUGAGGUUGAAUUAGUUUUAUAGUUUUGGGAGAAAUCCUUUGAUGCUGAUUUGAAGGGAAUACAAAUAAUUCUACACAAGUGCCUAGUCAUUGGGAAGAAAAGGAAGGAGAAUAGGGGCCUACUCAUUGGGGUACCAUUAAGAAACCAGAAAUCAUUAAAAAACAUGUUGCCUCCUGUUGCCAUCCGCUUGGUGCCUAAUGAACAAGACCCAGGAUCCUGAAAUUGUAAGGGGGUAAUCGGGGGCAGUAGAUAAUUCUUUCUACAGACAAGCAUGUUUAAUCACCAUGAAGACACUUAAGUCAGCAACACAACCACAUAAAAGUAUACAUAUCCAGGGCAAAACAGGGUCCGAUGCUGCCUUGACAGUGGUUAGCAGUGGAAUAAGAAAUAGCACCAGCAUUUGUCAGCAUUAGUCCCUUCCAGUGCAAGUAGGCCUACAGGCGAUAGGAUCAGUAGCACACCACACAGUCGAUCUGAGGUCAGUCCAUCUGAUCGCCAAGUCAGUUGGCGCCUGUCUUUGCCCCCCCCAUUCUCGCGACCUUGGCCUCCUCAUCCAGCUCAUCCAUAAUCUUCUCCUGUUUUACUGAGUAAAACGUGUAGCCAU